GGCUAUUUCCAAGCACGCAAUUCUAAAGAGAAUUACACUUCACCUUUUCAUAGUCCAAAACCCCCCAAACAAAAUAUGUCAGCAAUCCAAACUAAACAACAUCUCACUACAUUCCAAAACUAUUCUCACCUUUGUUUUUGAAGAAGAAGAAGAAGAGAAGAUUCUCUUGCUUGAUUCUUUGGCUUUUGGUCAACUACAAAAGCUGAUGUUUUUGGAAUCAGUCUCCCAACGAUGAUUUCGGUGAAACACAGAACUUGAUUUGCCUCCUAAUCUUUAUCUUCUCAAUCAUUAACAAAUACCCAGAUUCAAUUUUGGGGUUAUCUAUCGACAGAAGCUCUUCCAUCAAGAUAAGGGAUAAGAUUUCUGAUUUGGGUCAACUCCAGCAGCCAAAAGUUUUAAGUUUCUGAAUUGGGUUUUGAGCAAAGUAGCGAACUUGAUUGAUAUGAAUUUCAGGAACAUGGAUGAGUUCUGGGCUUUUUAUGUGAACCAACACUCGAAACCUUUAACAAGGCGCUGGCAUUUCAUUGGUACCGCUACUAGUAUCUUCUUCUUGUUAUGUUCCUUGUUUUUGAGUUGGUGGUUUCUGCUCUUUGUGCCAUUAUCUGGGUAUGGAUGCGCUUGGUACAGCCAUUUCUUCAUCGAAGGAAAUAUUCCAGCCACGUUUGGGCACCCAAUUUGGUCUCUUCUGUGUGAUUACAAGAUGUUUGGUUUAAUGCUUACUGGGAAAAUGGACAAAGAGAUUAAGAGGCUUGGAAAGAGGCCUGUCUUACAGGUUUUCUAGUUUCUUCAUCGUCAUCUUCUUCUUCUUCUCGUCCCUCUAUUCUUGUUUAUCCUUAUAAUAAGGUUUUUUUUAGUUCAAAAAGUCUGUCUGUCUGAUCUUUCUUAUGAUCCCAAGUUCAGAAACAUGUUUUCUUGAAUUGAAACAACAUUCUAUAUUACAAUAACUUGAUUGGGAUUGGGAAUUAUUACUGUAACUGUUGUAGAUUCUAUUUAUCGUUUUGAUGUUAAUUCUGAACUAUUUGGUUCUUCAGAAUAAGUAACUCUAUUUAACUCUUGUAUUCCAA